AUGGACACUCAUCCGUAUACCUGCAACACUUGUCAGGUCGCAUUCCGUAGCAGCGAUGCACAGAGAGGACACAUGCGAAGUGACUGGCACCGAUACAACUUAAAACGUCGAGUUGCAACCCUGCCUCCCAUAUCGUCCGAGGUGUUCACCGAUAAGGUACUGAACGCGCAGGCAUCCAACUCCGCAGCGGCCGCCAAAGCCACCUUCGAAAAGUCAUGUGUCGCGUGUCAGAAGACGUACUAUAGCGAGAACGCCUUUCAGAACCACAUCGGGAGCCAGAAGCAUAGGCAGAGAGAGGCCGCCUGGCGGAAAGAUGGAGGCAAAGACGAAACCGCGUCGAUAAUGAGUGGCACAUUUUCGAUGGGCGAACCGAUAAACGGACCGUCUGCUGAUGCAGCGCAGGAUGAUGCGGAGCCCGGAGAGCAGGAAUUUUCAGACAUUAUCAGCGGAAUCAAAGGUACAAAGAUUGAUGCCCAUGAUCCGCUUCCUAUCCGGCCUCGCCGCCCCAGCCAUGGCACAGAGAAGGAGCCGGUGGAUUCGACCGGCGAAGGGAAGAAUGAGGAUGAGGUCGAAAUUCCGCUCACCCAGUGCCUGUUCUGCAACUACAACUCGCCAAACAUCAAACUCAAUGUGCUGCACAUGGGUAAAUUCCAUGGAAUGUUUGUCCCAGAGCAAGAAUAUCUCACCGACGGAGAGGGGCUUCUGGAAUACCUACAGGCAAAGAUCUACAAGAACAGCGAAUGUCUCUACUGCCAUAAAUUGAAGGCGACUCCAGAGGCUGUCCAGACGCACAUGAAGGAUAAGGGCCAUUGUAUGAUCGCAUUCGAGACUGAGGAUGAGCAGAUCGAGAUUGGCCAGUUCUAUGACUUCACAAGCACCUACUCUGACGACGAGGAUGAGGACGACGAAGAGAAGGGCGCACAGGGAGAUGGCUGGGAGACGGACACCUCGGUCUCGUCGCUCGACUCCGAUGAGAUAGGUGCCGAGCCCAUCGAUGAUCGAUCACAUCAAUACUCUAAACUUUCCAGGCACGGCCACCACUCAAACACCGACCCCCGUCGACAUCGCAAUGCAGACGGCUUUCACUCCCAUGCUCACAGCCACGGCCACGCUGCAUUCGUACAUGACGGUGAACUCCAUCUACCAACCGGCCGCACGGCCGGUCACCGUUCAAUGGCCAAGUACUUCCGUCAGAACCUGCAUAACUACCCCACCCCCGAAGAACGUCUUACGCGGCAGCGUAUGAUUGAGGAGGCAGGUUCUAACGCUGAAGGCGAGACAGGCGAACAGGCGGGCGAUGCGAAUAAGAACCGCGCCCUGAUGUCGAGGGCUAACGGUGGGAUGGGCAUGAUCGGGGCGUCGGACAGUCAGAAGAAAGAAGUACGCGGAGCCGAGGUGAGGGAGCGCAGAAGGGCAGAAAGAUCGCAGCGGCUAUAUGAAUGGCGAGUCAACAAGGGAGGCAACAGCCAGAAACAUUUCAGGGAUCCUCUUCUCCAGUAA